AUGGCCAGACGUGCACUUGUUGCUCUGCUGCUGUUCCUCCUGCUGGCGAGGUGCGAGGUGACUCUCAUCUCACCGUUUGGCGGCUGUGGAGCCGGCACGUUAGGCUAUGCGGCUCACUCCUCCGGUGAGAACGAUGGGGUGCAGUACCUAUUGGACAACGGCCUCACCUUCGCUAUCCAACCUGGUACUCUUACCAAUGGCUCUGUCAAGGGGGAGAACGCCGAGGUCGCUGUGCAGAUGACGCCAACUUUUCAAGCUCCGUCUGGCGCCCGGUCUCGGCUCAUAUUACGGAAGAAUGGUGCGUGGGCUGUCAUCUCCAUGUCUAUUACGUGGAAUAACCAGUGCACCGACAACGCGACAACGACGACCACGACAACGCUAAUGCCGAAUGUGACAGCAAAUUUCACCACGACCACAGAUCCCGCACUGACGGCCGCUUCUCAGUCGCUACCAUCGUUUCAACCAGCAUUCUCGGCCUCCAAAAGCUCUGCGUUCCUCACUAUGACCUCCACUCUGGCUGAUUCUCCUGCCAUCCCCACCACCGCUGCACCGCUGCCAUCUGCGCCAUCGGUGCCUUUGGUUAUGCAAACGGUGAAGAGCGUCGUCUUUGCCCCGGUGCCAACGGUGGAUGUGAUGGACUUUACCUCGAACGUUGUAUAUCUUUCUGCGACGGCGACUCUUCUGCAGGACAUGCAGACACUGCAGGCAGCCAACACAGUGAUGGCGCUGCGUUUUGGCUCCACGGGCCCCGUGUCCGCUCUUUUGACAGAUGAAACGACCACCUCCGUUUGGUUUCAUGUGCCACUCGAGCUCUACAACGUCUCUGAGGUGACCUCGCAUGGGCUGUCGCUGGUGACACUGAGUUCCGCUGACGCCCUAGCCGUCGACUCGAAGCUGCGCAUCACACCAGUAAUGAUCGCACUUCAGGAGAUGUCCACCGGUGUGAUACUGAGCGAUGAGGUACUUCUAAAAGGCACGGAUAUCCUGGCGACGGUGCGCUUUGCAGGAGCUGGGACGGCACUCACGUAUACCACGGACAUCUCGCACGUAGUCACGUCCACGCUAUCCUUCUCGAUGGUCAACAACGGCGUCGUCGGCAGGCACUGCACGGCGUCUACAUUGACUAUACCGUAUUUUAUCACCCGCUGCCAUGUGCGCUUCCUCGUGCCGAACAGCUAUGUGGUGCGCGUGCACGCUGGUCGCAAGAGUGUUUGCGCCACGUACAACGGCAAAAGUGUUGUGGUGGCUCCCCUCGUAAUUCAGGGCAUCGCUGCGACGACUACGGCCGCCAGCUUUCCUGCCGCAACAGCGAUCCCGAUCAGGCUACAGGGUGGCACGACAACAGGUAUCGCGAGCGGCGCCUACGAAGCUUUCGCGUCCACGUUGCCGGACUGUUCCUCGGAGGGGGCGAAAAUCUCGCUGCUUCCUGUGAACUCCUUUAAAAGCAGCAGCGACUCUUCCACCGUGCCGAGUGCCCUUCUCGUCGCACGUAGCGAAGCUUCCGCUGGUGGCUACGUGUGCAUGCGGCGCACCUCUACCAACACGAAGUUCGCCGUCACGUACCAUGGCGAGCCGGUAAGAGUUGGCGCGAAAUCGAUGCCGUCACUGGUGUCCUCCACGGUACCAGUGUUGACCAUCUUCAACGGCAGCAGUGGCUCCUUGAACUUACUAGAGUUUGUGCGUCCACCAUCCAGCGCAGACGACACGGACGCCUACCUGUCUGCUGUGGCCGCUGUGUCAGAGGCCUACAACGUGUUUCGUUUUGUGGCCGUCAAAGCAAGCGCCACCGCGGCGGACAAGACGGCCUUGUGCAGACGCUACAAGCAGGAGGCAGUGCGAGACGCCGCAAACGGCAUCAUGCAGCUCCCUUUCCCACUCACCCUGCAGCAGACGAACGGUGUGCUGUGCGCCAACGACGAGUAUGUGCGAAUCGACUACACGGUCAUCCAGCCCACAAACUGGCUGGUGUCCAUGGCCGGCGUCGGCGACUUUGCUUCCCGCACGGUGGUGCUUUCUUCUGGCCCUGAGUAUGACGCGGUGCCGCUUUCCGUGCGCAGCAGCAACCUCGCCUCUCUCGGAUCCGCCUUGGCGGUGCGCAUUGCUCAAGACGGCAGCUGCGCUUUUGGCUACACCGCCCGUAUCCAGUCUUACGACACCCAGCACUACAUCGCCAUCCCGACAGCGUUGGUGGGCGUCUACACAGUUUGUGCUGGGCUGUACAACGAGACCGGCACGUCCAUGUUUGUGUCUACCGGGUCACAAGUGGAGCUCACGUCGUACGCGCGGGGUCGACGCGAGUGGAUGCACAACGCUGGCAUCGAGGACACGGAGUGGACGCCAUGCGGCAGUGCCUCUACAUGCGGCCUGCACACGAAGCAGCAGUAUAUCCAAGUGUGCAAUGGCGCCGUUCGGCGCAACAUGUGGCCACAGCGGCUGGAUGACGCUUUCGUGGGGUCUGACAAUAUCACGGUGCUCAUGGCCGGCAACCGGCUUAAGACGCACGCGAUUGUGUUAAUGAACGAAGUCUACGUGCCGGUGGCGGCAGCUUUUUUGCACUGCCAGCAGUUCAGCUUGCUGCAGCAAUCCACCGAUGGUGGAACAACGUACGGCCAGGCUGUCGUGGUGCUCGGCAAUCAGCCGCAGAUCACGUUGAGCCCCUCCACUGAUGUCUCCGGGGUUGUAGUAGGGUUUGUAUCGUGGGACGCGACGUGCCGUGGCCCACACGCCGGCGCGGAUGUGAUGGUGGCGCGCACAGCAGUCGGCAUCUCUGUCAUCGACAUGAGCGGGCUGCUGUUUACCAAGACGGAGGGUUAUUACACCGUGUGCACGCGCAACGGCGACGCGUGGGCGCGUGUGACAGGCACGUACAUCAAAGUUGUCCUUGGUCCCGUCACGGUGUACCAGGCUGAGGCGAUCAGCACCGGAAACGCGCUGACGAGCCAGAGUCGCAUUGAGCUAUAUCAAACGCAGACGGCGACGUGGGCUGUGAUGGGCACCUUUUCCCCCUCUGUGAACCUCUUCUUGAAGCUGGUUUGGAACGACGCAACGUGUACGGUGAACGCGGCGUAUACGACAGCCCUUCGCUACAUUUCCCCCAGCAGUGCCAAUGUGACAGUCGAGACGUCGUUGAUUGCCGCUGCACCGCCAGGCGUGAGAGCGCCGAGAUUGUUCUCCUGCUACGCGGUAAGCACGUUUGACGGCACGGCGGCACCGAUGCCGUUUGAGGAGCAUCUUGGUCGCUCCAUCACGCUCACGCAACUCACUCUCUCCUCCCUGUUCUACCUUCCGUACGUUGUGCUCUCCGUGUCAGCUCCGGUCGACACGCGCCUUCUCCUCACGGAUCCUCAAGACCCUCCAAUCACGCGGGUGGGGCUGCAAGUGACGAGUAGCCAGAGCGACAUGCCGCAGUGCGGCGCUGGCGCUACGUACACUACUGUGUUGACGAUUGAAACAGACGACCUCGAGCGCCGCUGGGUGACGGUGCCGGCGUGGGUGCCGCAGACCUUGGGUGGCAGCGGGGCCACCAAUGUGUACGUGAAGAUGUGUGCCACGGCGUCGAGCAGCCCAAACCCUGAGUUCGUCGCUGUGGACGCGUACGUGGUGCUGGGCGCCAACGCUACUAACCUGGCCAGCACCUCCAUGUCGCUACGGCUAACGUUUCUGCCCCUCAACGCGUCGACGGACCUGCUUGACUAUAAGGCUGCGCAGGACGCCCUCGUCAAGUACGCGACAACGGAGCUCAAGAUUCCGGAGACGACGGUGCUGGUUGCUUCCCUCGGCAGCAACACUUUUGAGCUUUUUAUUGACGACACGCUGCAAACUGGUGCAGCCCCGCAGUCGACGAUGAUGCCGAUGCAGCAGCUCUAUCAGACCCUUGCAAAGGGCACCAACUUGCCGCUGUUUGUGAAUGGCCGCGACAACUCCACAGCCUGGUUCGCCCUUGCUAAGGUCGAAGGCGUGCACCUGGUCGACCAAACCCCCGUAGAUGACUACCCCGCGCUGAAUCUACCCACAUCAGGGACUGGAGGAAAGCCUCUCAACUACACUGGCCUGAGCAUCGCGCUAUUCUGCGUCGUCAUCGCUCCUACAACCAUUGGCUUCGUGGCAUUUUCUAUUCAGCAGACCAUCCCGAUCCUCUCACACUCCCGCUUUGGCGCGAAGACAACGGUGUACGUAGAGGCUGGCGACUCGCCACCUCCGCGCAACCCACGCUCGCCGGUGGACCGAGAGUCGGAGGGUGUUGCGAAGAGGGACCCGGCCGGCGACAUACCUCUCUCGGUCGUGCCGAGAGCAGAGGACACCGCCCAGAGCCCGCUUUACGAUUCCGACGACGAGGAAGCGACGCACGAGAUGAAGGACAUGGGCAGCUCGCCACCUCUGAGGAACGAAACGUUCGCUAUGGCAAACCGGAGGGGCAUUUCCUCUCGCACGUCAACCAGGGAUGACGUGACGCGGUAG